AGCCCAGCGGCGCGCAGAGCCUACAAGUGCCGCGGCUGGUGAUCGGGGGACUUUCCCGAGAAGCCGCGCAGGGGCGAGCGCGCAGUGCUCCAGCCGCACUGGGUGGCCAAGGCAGGAGGAGGAACCAGGGCUGAAGUGUCAACAAGUGUGGCUGCAGAGGAGAUGCGGGCCUCAGGAGCAGUACUCCUGGUAGAGCAGCCUUAGCUCCUGUGAGGUUCUCAUCUAACUGUGUUGCUAUUGGCAGAAUUUCCAGAAGCUGCUGGGGGAUGUCUGACUAGCUCCGAUGGAGCUCCACUAUCUUGCUAAGGAGAGCAGCCAGGCAGCCCUGUGUGAUGCUGCGGACUGGAGUUCAGGAGGGCCUCCUGGUGACCAGGCAGAUGCCGCUGCCACCAGAGCUGCUCUCUGCUGGCAGAGACACUGUACCUCGACACCAAGAUCAGCCCAGAUGGAAAGGUCUAAGCUUAGCUCUUCUCUAGCAUCCCCCGCCUCCCCUCUGCAAGACAGUGUCAUUCAGCCAGACUCCUUGCCACCAGGACCUCUCAACAACUCAGGGAACAACCAGAUAACAGCAGAACGGAAAGUAUGCAACUGCUGCAGCCAGGAAUUAGAAACUUCUUUUACUUACGUGGACGAGAAUGUCAACUUGGAGCAGAGGAACCGGAGCUCCCCUUCAGCAAAAGGGAAUAAUCACUCUGGAGACCUUGGCUGGGGAAAUCCAAAUGAGUGGUCCCAUGAGGCUGCCAUAUCCUUAAUAUCCGAAGAUGAAGAUGAUACAAGUUCAGAAGCCACAUCUUCGGGGAAGUCAGUAGACUAUGGUUUCAUCAGCGCCAUCUUGUUCUUAGUCACUGGCAUCUUGCUGGUGAUCAUCUCUUACAUUGUCCCACGGGAAGUGACUGUGGAUCCCAACACUGUGGCUGCCCGGGAGAUGGAACGCCUGGAGAAGGAGAGCGCGAGGCUAGGGGCUCACCUGGACCGCUGUGUGAUUGCUGGACUCUGCCUGCUCACACUGGGGGGGGUCGUUCUGUCUUGUUUGCUAAUGAUGUCUAUGUGGAAGGGGGAGCUCUAUCGUCGCAACAGGUUUGCCUCUUCCAAAGAGUCUGCAAAACUCUAUGGUUCUUUCAACUUCAGGAUGAAAACCAGUGCUAAUGAAAACACCCUGGAACUAUCCUUGGUAGAGGAAGAUGCUCUCGCUGUACAGAGUUAAUUCUGGUUGUGAACUCCUUGAGAGUCUGCCUUGGCAUUUUGUAUGAAAAAAAAUCCAACAUAUUUCUUAAAAUUAAUAGUGCAGUUUAUUUGCCUGGGAAGAAAAGUUUAUUUCCCCAACUAACAGCCAGUGAGUGUUUUUGUUCUCUCUCUGCUUUUUAUUUAGAAAAAAAGCCAUAAGAUGCAUUAAGACACAACCAGUGACGCUUGUCCUUCUAAAGAGCUGAGACUAAUUAAUCUGUAUUGGCCCCCAGCUUCUACUUUAUAGCAAAAUAGAUCUAAUGACCCAGUGUACAAAUGGUUUCUUUUACACCAUAUGGGAUAUUAUUCUUUGGAUACUAGGAGGUCCAACACACAGUAGGAUCAAUUAGUAACCUAUUUUUUGAAAAAGAACUGAAGCACUAAUCACAUAAUAAGGCUUAUAUUUAAUUCUCAAAAGUGCUUAUUCAUUUUCUUGCUAAAUUUUUUCUUCCUGUAAUUUGGCUAAGGGUUUUGAGUUUAAACAUUUUGAAGCUUGAGGAUGUUGACUAUUAAGGGAAAAAAAUGUAUAAAUACAUUUGUUAUAGUUAAAAUUAUUCCUGCACUCAGAAGUGGUAACUAAGUCAUUAGAAUAAACUUUCUAGUAAAAGAAAAUUAUGUAAAUCAUUAUAAGACCAGUCUGAAUUUAACCUGGAAUGGCGAUGCCAGAUAUUAGCCAGUGUCGCAUGCCCAUUUUCUAGAUGAAGUAAAAUUAGUUGCUGAUAUAAAUUUCAUUUUCUGUUUGUGGUUUAGCCAUCAUAUGGUUACUUAUGCUCUUGAAGUCUUUCUUGGUUCUCACACCAGAGAGGCAAAGUAUAAGACAUUUUUAAUAUAAUUCCAGACACUUAAACGUCUAGGCAGGUCUGAGUCAUGACUGGCUCAGGCUCGUUCCCAGGUGACGCUUUGUUGUUGUCGUUUGGAGAAAACCUCCAGUGCAAUUGCAGCUAGACUCUUGGGGACUGUGCCCACAAGCAGGUGUCACUUGCUCUAGGCCAAGCAACAAGCCAUUGCCCCAGGAUGGCAGCAGUCCUGAAGCCCACAGCC